AUGGGGCAGACCACCAGCUGCUGCUGCGAUGAAGAAGAGAAACCGUCCGACGAUUUCGUGCCAUCCAAGCGAGCACUGGCAGAUCUGGACGAAUACGAAGAUGACCGUCCUGAAGAAGUCGAGGCCUCGCAGUCUUCGGAACCCGAUGUGUUCGUUCCGGAGCUAUCGAUUCUCAGCAAGUUCGGCCGACUGGCGGGCAACACUCACUUGGAGGUGGAUGCAGAGCUGACACGUGGAAUUUCCCUGCGUGAAUCUCUGCACAACUUCGGAAGCUUGUGGCGACAGUCACCCACGCACAUGGACAGGGAGGAGCAACGAAAGCUAUGGUCCCUCUCGCGACCAACACGCACGUUCAACACCUUCAUUUCCCACACAUGGCGGACGGCUGGCCGGUGGAAGGUGCUGUCGCUUCUCUUCCAGACCGGUUCUCACUUCUCUUUGGCCUGCAGCUGGAUCUGCGUUGCUGCGACUGUGGUCCUGAGCAGCACACAGAUACUCCCAAUGCCUUUCACAUAUUAUUCAAACCUUCCGGAGUUUCAAGCGGAGUGCCCAUUUGCGCCCUGGCCAUUGGCUGCAGGCUUGCUCAGUUCGAUCAUUGCCCUUCUCGCAUCCCCCUAUGUACCGGACCGCUGCGGCAGAGAGACGACUUGCUUCAUUGAUGUGGCAAGCAUAAAUCAGGCAGAUCCUGUCCUCAUGGAGCGUGGGGUUUAUGGAAUCGGAGGAUUUUUGCAAGUUUCUGGAGAGCUGCAAGUCCUGUGGAGCGGUGCUUAUCUGUCUCGUCUGUGGUGCGUUUUUGAGCUGGCAGCCUAUCGGAUAAGCAAUCCCAGUGGGCGGAUCAGACUGACCCCCAUCUUCAUCGAAGUGGGCCUGCUGGUGGUCAUUUUGUUUACCUACCUGAUCGGCUUUGUGUUCUUCAUGACAUUUGCCUUGAAUCUCCACUCUGGCCUGAGACUGGCCUGCUGGGGCAUAGCGAUCUCCCCGUCCAUUGUCGUCGUGCAUUUCAUGCGCCUUCACGUCCGCACGAAGCAUCGCUUGGUGUCGGAGCUGGACUGUUUCGAUUUGGAUCAGGCCCAAUGCACUUCGGACUUCGACCGUCAGUUCAUCAUCUCAGGCAUUCUACACUGGUAUGGUAGCAAGGAGGCAUUCACGGCCUAUGUCCGUGGGCCGCUGAGGUCUGAACUCUUGAAAAGCUCUGGAAUGCCCAACAUGCCCCUGCCGUAUCUUCUACUCAUCAUCUUGGGUGCAAUGAGCUCCAGCCUCACCACACUGUCAGCUCUUUGGGCUGGCGGUGCUCCCGUGGAGGUCGUAGUGAAGCAGCUUGUGGGUGGAACUUUUGGUUUGGAGUUCUUCUGGUUCCUACCCUGCGUGAAGCUGACGCUCUAUCUUUGCGAUCGCUUUUCAGCUAGGAGGCUUGGCAUGUGCGACUUCGCCUGGUCAAUGGCCAUCUUCCUGGUUUUCUUCGGGCUGUACUAUGCCGGCGAUGAGCUUGCCACACUGGCACGAGCUGUUGGCAUGCUGGCAUGUUUCCUCUGGUGCUUCUGCUCGUUUGUCAUAUGUUGGCUGUUUUGCUUCCGUGGGCGCGAGCGCCUGCGGCGUCUCACAAUCCGUUCUUCCCCGACAUAA